CUCUGUAAGAAUGUUUUGAUGAGUUUUGGUUGCUAAGGGGGUUUCAAAAUUUGAAUUUCCCGCGUGCGUGACAUUUGACAGAGGACGCGUCAGUCAAUGUAAAAAUGGCGGACUUUUGUAAGCUGAUUGUGGGUUUGUAAUGGAUACGAUUGUACAAGGGCCCCCCGGGGAAGGGGCCCAAGACUUGAAUCUAGUCGACGCGACUUGGACCACCCAAAAUUCCCAAGAAAUUGUAAACAACAACUCGAUCCUCUACAUCGCCGUCGAGUACAUCAAAGAUGAGUACAAAAUGGAGCCCGCGGUUAACCUACCGCAGCCCUCGGAGAGUUUCACCGAUUUUGAGCAACACGUGAGCCCCCUUGACCCGAAUAUGAGUUCAGUGGCGCGGUACAGCCCUGUGUAUAGCGAGCCCACCCCUGAGUACAACCCUGUGGUCAUCCACCAUCUGGUACAGUCGAAUUCCGGCCAAAGCGACAUUAAUAAUUUGGCCCCUAAUGCGGCCCUGGAGACCAUGCCGGUGUUGUGCAAUAACGACAUAAGAGAAGUGGUAGACAACCAUUUCUUGCAAAUGGUCAAUUCCAAUAACCAGCUCCAAGUGGGCCCCCCCAACGAGCAGGAAGUGGCACUUCUGAUAACUGACCAAGAAACCGGGAUUUCCUACAGUGUCAGGGGGCAAGAAUUUCUCGUCGAAGACGAACAGUUGUUAAAUGCGUUGAGUCCGGACCCGCUUUUGGACCCCCAUCUUUUGACACUGGACGAAAAUGCGCUUAAGACCGAACUAGGGGACGAAAUAAUAAACUCAACAGUAAACUCCGCCGUUAAUAAUUAUAUCACGAGUUUGAGCGCUGCGGUAGACAGCGACGGACAGUACAAGAUGGAGACCAGGAGGCAGAAACAGAACGAGGUCGAGUUUGAAGAUCAGUUAUUGUCCAAGGUUUAUAGUAUUGUGGACAAACCGGUGCCGUCGAGGGCCAGGGCCACGCUUCCAGAGUCCUAUUUGAGUCUGCUUAAGGUGGACCAAGCAAUCGGCGUUUUUGCCAAGAAAACAAUCCCUAGAAGUACACAAUUCGGACCUUUGACUGGAGUUUUGAAACCAAGCACCGAACGUUUGAAAAAUAGUCCAACUUCUUUGCAAUUUUUCAUAGAAGAUGAAAACAACGUCUUGUCACAAAUUGAUGUUUCAGAUGAAAAUGCCUCAAACUGGAUGCGUUUUAUAAGACAAGCGACGAAUUUUAACGAACAGAAUUUGUUGAUAACUCAAGAGGGCAACUGUUUGUAUUUCACAACAACGAGGAGUAUUCUUCCGAAACAGGAAUUGAAGGUUGGCUACAGUGUGCCCUACGCCACCCGUCACAAAUUAUCAAUUCUCGUCCCGGAAGAAGAAAAAUCCUGGCCUUGUUACGAAUGUCCCGAGACAUUUUCCUCCUCUGAUGAGUUACAAAAACAUUUGAACGUGCACGACAGCGAUGAGGAAACCAAAUGGAAGAAAAAGAACCUAAAAAACAAGAAAAAAAUCCCCAAAAGCGAAACCUUCCAAUGCAACAACUGUAACGAAUUGUUUGUCCAACCGGGAAAAGUCGCCCUCAGACAACACUUGAUUGAAAAACACCUUUUGAGCGGUUUGGAUUUAAUCGAUCAGUAUUUUUCAUCAGUCAUGAAUUACAAAUGUGAUAAUUGCGAAUCGGUUUUCAACUCGGAAGCUUUGCUAAAAAUCCACAAUUAUCUUCACGAUUCGGACAGUUCAGACGAACAAACGAAUCACGUGUGUCCCAACUGUCAGAAAAAAUUCCCAACUCAACGCCAACUUGUCACGCAUGUCGCCACACACGCCCUCACCAAGAAACCGGAAACGGAAACGUUCAAGUGUCCGGUGUGUCACAAAAUGUUUGCGAUGCGUGAGCGACUUAGACGCCACAUGCUGGUCCACGGCUCGGACGACUCAAAGCCUCUCCAAUGUAAAACUUGCAAUAAACGCUUUGUGAACAAUUCGGCCCUCGCUGGCCACAUCAAGACCCACCUUGUCGGUAAAAAAAUCUUCGAGUGUCCCAUUUGUAAAGAAAAUUUCGAUCAUGUAUUAAAACUGAAACUCCACGUACCGAAACAUUGCGAAAACAACACCUAUUCGUGCCCCCAUUGUAGUAAAGUCUUCAAGAAGUAUAGUAUUAUAAGGAAGCAUAUUCGGGCGUUUCAUUGCGAUCAGAAACACGCGUGCCCCCAUUGUAUUAAAAUGUUCCCGACUUUGGAUAAGUUGAAAAUGCAUCUUUUGCGCCAUUCGGACCAUCGAGAGUUUUUGUGUGCCGAUUGUGGCAAGCAAUUUAAGCGCAAAGACAAGUUGAAGGAGCACUGCAAGAGGAUGCAUUCGGAAGAGCGGGAAAAUGACGUCCCGAGGCCCCCCAAACCUGUCUCGCAGCCGGUGAAAAAAAUCAAUCCGAAGAGUGAACCCACCGAUUUCCACCGUUUCAUCUACAAGUGUCACACUUGUCUUGUCGGGUUUAAACGUCGAGGCAUGUUGGUGAACCACUUGGCGAAGAGACACCCGGAUAUAAGCCCGGAUUCGGUCCCGGAAUUGAAUUUACCGAUUUUGCAAACGACACGUGACUAUUAUUGUCAACAUUGCGAUAAAGUGUAUAAGAGUAGCUCGAAACGCAAAGCGCAUAUUUUGAAAAAUCAUCCGGGGGCCGCUUUGCCGAUGAGUAACCGGAAACAGGGGAAUUUUCCGGAUAGUUCCGGGCUUCCGAAUCCGACAUUUUCACAAACGGUGGGGAGUAUUACCACAAGGCCGCAGAAUUGCAAGUGGUGUCAUAAACAGUAUGCGAGCAAAGCGAAAUUGUUGCAACAUCAGAGGAAAAAACAUAGCGAGCAGUUGGCUCAGCAGAAUGGGGGCAAGGAGGAGCAGAAGUAUACGCCCCCGGAGCAGGGGGAGGGGCAGCAGAGCGACUUGCAAGAGUUUAAGGUGUCUGAGAGCGACAUUUUGAACAGCGCCCUCGAGGAGUACAACAAGCGCGGAGGGGAGCAGUUUUGCCAUUUUGUGGCGAUCGGCGGUGGGGACGAGUUUGAACAGCCGGGGGACUUGGGGGCCCCCAAUUCGCAUUUGUAUCGUUUACUGACAACGAGUAACGAACUUCCAGGUUUAGUGCCGCCACGUUGAACAAAAUCCUCGAGGAUUUCGAGUAUUUCCGAUGCUCCUUUGUGAGAUUUCCACUCAAUUGAGUGAUUUUGAUGCGAGUUUGUGCCGUAGGUUGAAACCUACGUAUUUAAUAAAACCAAAAAGUAACAAAAUAGAGAGAUGAGACGAGAUUUUUUGGGAAAUUGAGAUUAUUUUAGCAAUAAUUGUCUUGUAACAAAUUUAUAAACGAAACAAAGCACUAUGUUUGUUUGGCUUGGCCGCGAGGCCGCUUGUGUUUAGGUUAGGGAAGUUUGUUUGGGUCAAAAACUUGUAUUCUAGAUUCUAAAAUUGAAAUAUUUUUCCCCGUAAUAGUGAGUCCCAAGUACUAACACUUUGUAUUUUAACUAAAAUUGUUUUUCUAAAUAAUUAACUAUUAAACUUAGGGAAAUGUACCCCUGUGAUUGUUAAAAACAAGUCGCGUGACUUUAAAUAUUUUUAUUGUAAAAAAAAAAUUGUUAUUAGGGAUAUCCUAAAAACUCAUAUUAGUAGGCCAGGGUUCGGUAUCGUUUUGGA